UGUAUUUUAAAUUUUAAACUGUAUUGCAAAAUUUAUCAGAUAUUUCGAAAAAUAAUUUGGCAAGCUACGUGGAGUACCUUACAGUGCUUGGAUAAAUGACUAAAAUAGACUAAAAGUUCGUGGAUUACAAAUUUAGUAGGUUUUAGCCUUUUAGCGUCAAGUAGCAAGGUCUACGUGCGCGUUUUUAAUCUAAUCUAGUGUUUGAUGUAUGAACCAUCCUUGUUUUAUUUUCGAACCGUGAAUGUGUAUCACCUUCUCUGACUGAUAAUAGUGAAUAAUGUGAUAUGAUAACAAUACCCCGAACAAAUAUGGAAAAUAAUCGUAGGGCUACACCAAAAUACACCUGCUACUUUUGUAAUAAAACCCUUGAAAAUGAAACUGAGGUGGGUCAUACAUCGGUGUGCGGUAACGUUUUGGUUCCAUGCCCCAACAACUGCGGUGCUUACAUUCAAAGAAUGGCGUUGAAGAAGCACAACGUCGAGUGCAUAAACAAGACAAAUCAUACCUUUCCUAAGCAGCAAAAAGUUAUGCGACAGCAGGUUCCAACGCAGCAAGUACCGACACAGCAGAUACACCUACAGCCGGUUCCCGUACAGCCUAAUCCAAUACAGCAAACCACUUAUCAGCCAGUACCGAAUUAUAUGGUGCACACAGAUGCUAGAAAUAUGAUAGCUACAAAAACGCUACCUAAAAAUACAAAUGAUGUAAAAAAUGACAACAAGGAAGAACUUUACAAGCUCUCUAGAAAACUCGCCGAUCUCGAAAGCCGCUUUCACUUCCAACAAAAAAAUCAAAAUCAAACGUCUGUUUCGCUACAAAACUUCGAAAACUUAAAAACUGCUCAGCUACAGCUCAACUUAGAUAUAGAAAAGCUGAAAUACCAAACUCAAAUUGCCUACGAUUGGAGAACGAAGACUGACACGAUCAUUAGUACCUUACGGCUCAAUAUAUCAAACGUAGAGAACUACAAAAGAGAAAUCGAUUCGAAUUUGAUGAGUCUACAGAACAGAAUUAUGCUUAUGGAGAAGCUGCAGGACCAAAUUAGUUACCUUAAGGAUAGUUUUCUACGGGAACAAGCUUAUAAUAGACAGGUGGAUAUGGAUUUCAAUGAAAAACUCGAAGAAGUAAAGAAGUUGUUGGCUCAAGAGAACGCGAAGAGUGCCGCUAUACUAGGAGACCUUAAGGAUAGUGUGGAUGGUUUAAGACAAGACAUGGAAGGGGCCAAAGCUAGAUUAGAGGACCAAGGGAUUCAAUUUACAAAUAUUAUCUACGAUUUAAAAGGGGUCGGUCUAAUGGCUGCUGAAGGUCACAAGAAAAUGGAGAAGUUAGAAGAAGAUUUUAGCGAGUUAAAAAAGCAAAUGACCCAGAUGAAAUUGGAUAUGGAGAUUUUAGAGAGUUUAAGUGGUUCUAGCGAUUUUAGACCGAAGCCUGGGAGGUUGUUGUGGAAAAUUACGGAAGUUGAUACUAAGAUGGUGCAAGCGAAACAGUCUAAUAGUGUUAUCAAGAGUCCUAUAUUCUUUACUCAUGAAUAUGGCUAUCGUGUUCGAAUAUUAAUGUAUAUGAAUGGACUAAAAAAGUGGAAAGAUAGAUAUGCGCUGUUAUGCGUACAUGUCCUAAAGGGCGAAUAUGAUAUGGUUUUAAAUUGGCCUUGUCAAAUUGAAGGAUAUGUAACGUUAAGGCCAAUAAGUGACGCAGCCACAGCAAAACCCUUCACGAAACUCAUAACAGCCAAAAGACAAGAAGGCAACGAGGAAUGUGAAGAACCUCAAGAAUCUUCGUCGUGUUACAUCUUCAUUCCUCAUACAACAUUGUUUAAGAAUAAUUACCUUAAGGACGACACAAUUUUCAUCGAUAUUAAAAUUAAGGAAACCAAAAAAUUGGAGACUAGUUUAUAGGAUAGGCUUAUUUAAAUAAUGCGGAGUAUGUACCUGAUGUAUAUUUAGUAUUUGGCUUAGAACUUUACCUACAUUAUUCUAAAACACAUCAAUUGACUCGUGUAGUUAUAACAAUAUUAUAAUGAGAAAGACAGCAAUGUAACAGAAAUUGCAGAAUUAUUACUCUUUCAAAAAAUGUCCAGUUUGCUAGUCCACUCUGCUUCUCUGCUUCCAAUAUUCUGCUUCCAGCAUGACAGCUCUGAAGCAUUUAUAUUUAUAUGAAUAACUACUAUAUACAGAAUUAAAAUUACUUUUAAUUUGGGCAUAAUAUUUACUUCUUACUAAAGAGGAGAAAAGGAAGUUAACAUUUUGAACGUGCUGGAACAAGACGAAUGAAAGUAUUUCUGAGUACCAAACCAUUGUAGGCAAUCAUCAUUGCUACUUUUACCUUAUUGACAAGAGCGGGGAGAAUAUCUGUACUUUUGUAUAAAUAUUUUCUUGAAGCCAUGACCUCAAAUUUUUAUCCAGCAGAUGCUUCUGUAAGGUUUGGUUCAAUAUGAGUGGGUCGAUCUAAAAGGUCCAUUGUGGUUCAACUCUAGGUUAAAGUUAUCCCCUCAACCCAGCAUUGUAGGACUUGCUUCAACCUCUACGAAGUUGUAGGACUUGAUUUAAUAAUGCUUAAGUGUAUUGAGUCUUGAAGUCUGUGAAGUUGCACUGUCCGAUUUUGUUCAUGAGCCACCUUAGGCCUUAGGUGACAGUGUCCUGUGAGGAAACAUACGAUAAUUCGCAGAUCAUUCCUAUUCAUGUAUAGUAGAUCCUUGGAUCUCUUCUUCUAAGCUUAAUGAAUGCCUUUGAAUGUUUGAGACCCAUUUGCUCGUACCAGUGAUUACGGUUAAUCUGUUCCUCACACUCCGAUAUUGUUCUUUUGGUUAUGCUUUUUGGUAGGCAUACACGAACGACAGGUUCUCGGCCUAAGAAUGUGUAUUCUGUCCCUCUCCUGGCAAGUAGGUCCGCCUCUUCGUUUCCUUCAAUACUUUUCCAAACAGAAGGAUAGUCGCUAUCUCUUGGGCCAAUGGUAUAGAAAAUAGGUAACAGGGCCAGUGCUACGUUUAAACCGCCUAACUAUUAUUACCGCUAGUUUUGCCAAAGGUAGUUGUUUUAUUCAGGGUGAGUCUAUCUGGGGCCUGUAGAUAUUUAAAAAUAUUCCUUCAUCUUAAUUUCGUCUUGGCACCCGUAUGAUUUAUAAUUAUUAAAAAUCACGUGGGUAGUAACCAGAGAAGUAGUAACCAGAGAAGUUCCACCUGUUGUCAAUAUAGUGGUGUGAGAACGAUAUUUAUUGUCGUUUUCUGUACUACUUGAUUGAGAACUUAUUGUGUUUCUUGGUAGAUGUCUCUACGAUAUCCGUAGCAUUUCUUUCUUUGCAAUCCGGAAGGGCCCAAAGCGAAGUACCUGGUUGAAUUGGAGAGAAGAGGAUAUGGGACUACUGAUGAGGGGAAAAAAUCCCCGAAACCGGUAUAGACUCUUCCUGCACUCUCCUAUUUAACUAGAGUAUAUUGCUGCUGCAUUUUCGGAUUGCAAAGAAAUUGAAAAUGUUUAUACAUUUUUAAAAAUAUGUAGUCUAUCUAGCUUAAGCUAUCCAGUCCGCAUUAUUAGGUAUUUCCCGGAUAUUUUAUUAUUGUUUUAAAUAUUUAUUGUUGAUAGAUACGAAAUGGUUAUUGUUAUUUAAUUUAAUUAUAUAAAUAGGAAGAAAUGUAUUAUAUGUAAAAUAUCUGUUAAUUUAACUAGGAUACUAUGUUUAUUUGCAGCAUUUUUUAUGGUGAUAUAUCUUGAAAUUUGUAUUGUACUUAAUAAAAAAGAACGAUGAGAAGACGAA